GCUACGAAAUUAAUAAAACACGAAUAAUUUAUUAAUCAAUAAAUUAAUAACGUGCAGUGCUUGUGAAUCGGCAGAAACAAUGUCGGAUGGAGGUCUGGGAUUCAACGUCAUGGGCGGAAAGGAGCAAAACUCGCCCAUCUAUAUUUCCCGCAUCAUUCCCGGAGGCGUUGCCGACCGCCAUGGUGGAUUGAAACGGGGCGAUCAGCUGCUCUCGGUCAACGGCGUAUCCGUUGAGGGCGAAAACCACGAGAAGGCCGUGGAGCUGCUGAAACAGGCCAUUGGCUCCGUCAAGCUGGUCGUUCGCUACACACCAAAGGUGCUGGAGGAGAUGGAGUUGCGCUUCGAUAAGCAACGGGCUGCCAGAAGGCGCCAACAGUACUAAAAGAAGGACGUUAUCGCGCACUCUAGUUGCCAUACAUCAAUAAUUAUCUCUUACUCGAAUUAGAAAGCGGUAUUCAGCAGAAACCAAGUUCAUACCAAGAUUGUCGCGAUUCGUCGCUUUCAUUCGGAAUUUCUCAUAUUUUCAUCAAUAAUGGAUAUCGUUUUAUGUUUUCCAUUGAAGCUAGAUUUAAUCUGACGCUCGUUUUUGUUUUUUUCCAUUCAUGUAGAAAUGAUGCAUUAUUUACAUUUUACGUUUACUUUAAUCGUGUUAAACUGUCGGUUCCCACUAAUGAUUAUCCAUAAAAUAAAAAGUAUAUGUCGCAUUGAUGGGUA